CCCUACUUCUCUCGAGGCCUGGUGCUUCCUCACGCUUUCACAGCUACACCAUAGCAUUCUCAGUCGUUUCUGUUUCUAACCAGCACCAUCAAAAUGCUCUCUCUGCUCUACGGCGUUCUUGCUGCCUCCGCCGCCCUUUGCGCACCCACCGUGUCGCUCGAUGCGGCCACCUUCCUGCAAAACGGCAUGGAAGCACAAACCCUCAACGCGGAGUUCGCCAACCUCAACGCCUCGGCUUCUUGCGAUUCGGGCGAAAUGGCAUGCAUCGGCGCUUCUGUAGCCCACUGCGUGAACAGCACAUGGACACAAGAAGCUUGCCCCAAGUCACUUUCUUGCUUUGCACUUCCCUCCGUGAGGGAAGAGGGUACUGUCCUUUCGUGCACUACGAACACGACCGCUCUUUCCGUAAUCAGCGCGUCGGGAGCCACCGGCGGUGUUGCUGUAAUGAGCACAAACGGCACCGUCGAUUUCCCCAUGGACUGCGACGAUGACGACGAAGAGGAUGCGGGAGACGCUCAGUCCUCCGUCGUCUCGACCGCCUCUGCUACGGGUACCCACACCCGUACUUCCGUCUCACACACCGCCUCGGUCUCAGCCACCAGCACAAUCGCGGCUUCCUCCUUCACCUCGGUCCCCUCCAGCACCGCAGACAGCUCCAACGGUUCCCCCGUCACCGUGACAGUUACCGUCGUGCCCACGUCCUUCUCGACCGAGUUCUCAGAGACGACCACACUCAACCCCUCGCAGGCUUCGAGCUUCCUCUCCAGCAUCGCCACCGACACGAACUUCUCCAUUGAAACGACCAUCCGCGGCGCCGCCCCCACCGCGUCGGCGUCGGCGAGCGCUUCCUCGAACGCGGCACAGAGCAGCGCGUUCUCCAGCAAGCCCGUCGGGAUCGCGUCUGCACCUGCGUUCACGUCCGACCUCGGCGCGCCCACCACUAUCACCCUGAUUGCGGCUCCGGCCACGGCCACGGCCAAGGCUGUGAGCUCAAAUGCAGCUACGAGCUCGAGUGCAGCCGCGAAAGCGACUUCCGCUGCGGCCAUUGACGUGGGUGACUCGUACUACGCAUGA